AUGUCGACAGCUGAGGAGCUUUUGAGAGAUUUUGAGUCGGAGGAUGAGGACUUACAGGGUGGCGAGGAGAUCGAAGAUGGCGAUGCCAACGAAGAAAUGCAAGAGGCCGGCCCUGAGACCACGAACGAAUUCGAAGUCGCCAUGUCGACUGCCGACGAACUCACACGUCUACACAAAGUCCUACGCGAUCACUACUCUAUCCGAUUCCCCGAGUUGGAAACCCUCGUUACGAGUCCUAUCGAUUACGCGAAGACUGUGGCUAUCCUGAAAAAUGGCCCGCUGGACGAAAUCAAAGCUUUGUCAUCUUCGGCCGACAACAUGGUUGGCGUGCCCCUCAAGUCUAUCCUGGAUGGUCCAUCCCUGAUGGUUGUUGCGGUAGAAGGAACGACCACUAGAGGACGGGAGAUGACCGAGUCGGAGCUGAAAACGGUGCUCGAUACCUGCGAGAGAAUCUUGAAGCUGGACCGGGAGCGAAACCAGCUCACCGAGAGCAUCCAGUCGCGCAUGAACCAGAUUGCGCCCAAUUUGGCUGCUUUGAUUGGACCUGAAACGGCUGCUCAGUUCCUCAAUCAGAGCGGUGGAUUACGCGAACUGGCUAAGAUCCCGGCUUGCAACUUGGCCGCUCAAGGCUCAAAGAGAACGGAGGGCUUGGGAUUUGCUACCAACAUCGGGAUCAGAUCGCAGGGCUUCCUUUACAACUCCCCCAUCAUACAGGAUAUUCCGAAUGACUUGAAGCGGCAAGCGAUCCGUAUUGUCUCCGCAAAAAUGGUUCUAGCUACUCGGGCGGAUGUAUCAAGCUUCAGCCCGGAUGGUUCUUUGGGCGAAGAUCUUAAGUCGCAAUGCUUCCAGCGUUUGGAGAAGCUCACAGAACCGCCUCCAAACUCCGGAACGCGCGCUCUCCCAGCGCCAGAUGAUAAGCCCUCUAGAAAGAGAGGUGGUAGAAGAGCGCGAAAGGCCAAGGAAGCGGUUGCCAUGACGGAGCUUCGCAAGGCUCAGAACCGAGUUGCGUUUGGCAAGGAGGAGGCUGAAGUUGGAUUUGGUACUGGAGAAGGAACUGUCGGACUGGGAAUGCUCGGUCAACAAAACGAUGGACGAAUCCGAGCUACGCAGAUCGACCAAAGGACCCGUGCCAAACUCAGCAAGUCCAACAAGGGCUGGGGAACAGCAACUCCUGCCAGCGGUACUGCUUCUUCACUCCGUGCUUUUGGUCAGGGAGGCAGUGGAACUGCAAGUGUUCUACAGGCAAAGGGUCUCCGAACCUCGGGCGUUGGUACUUCUUUGGGCGGUUCCGCAGGCACAGCCAGUACAAUCGCCUUUACCCCAGUUCAGGGUCUCGAGCUUGUUGAUCCCAAGGUGCAGGCUGAAUUAAGUCGCAAACGCAAGGCCGAGGAAGACAGAUGGUUCAAGUCAGGAACGUUCACACAAGUCGGGAGUCAAAACAAUGCCUCCCAGGGCGAAAACGGUGGCUUCAAGGUACCACCACUGCCAUCAAGGAAAAAGGUUGAUACCGGCGAAGGCAAGAUGGCACCGCCUCCCCCACCGGCGAAGCAGUAA